UCUCACUUUCUUCCAUCGCCUUUACACUUGGCCUUGCCUUAGCACUAACAGUAUCAUCAUUAUUCAUCAUCAUUCUUCUAAAGACGACUCUACCAAGAACAUGUUAUGUAGCCUAAGACAAUCGAGUAUGUCGAAAUAAACUUUUAAGCACUUUCCUAAAAUCAAGGAUAACUAAAACUCAAUAUCUAAGAGUUAACUUACCCGUCAACAUGUAUAUGAAUUUCAGUGAACAAAUUGAGAGUGGAGAAGCUCAAGAAUAUGCUUUUUUCAGGUAGAUUAGAGGCAUUAUUAUCAUGUGGAAGGACAAUUCCCUCAAACUAGAAGAUAUUUCCAUCACCAUCCAAGCCAUCCACACCAUGGUUAAGGCUUGGGCGUUUGAAGACAUUCCUUAUUUGAGACAACAAGUUAACUACCGGAAAGAAGUUUUAUGUCCAAGAAUGUUGAGAUGGUUGUCAGCCAAAGCUGAUAAAAAUGCAAAAUUUCUUGAUCUAUUCACCCCCCUGAAGGAUGCAAAGUUGAGUGGAUGUGAUUAUUUUGAUUGGUAUGAAGAACGACACCCUUCACAAGUAAAUCGUAUAAUCUGGGGUUUGUUGAAGAAAGUCAAGGCUUUUAAAGAGAAACGAAAUUGA